GUUGUCCAUGCGUAGGUAGGCCAGAAGCGACGAUAAAAAUGAAAUCAACAAUCGUGAGGACAGUUUUCUAUCACUUAUCUCACAAAAGCUCCGCCAGACUUCAAGAUGCAUCGCUACUCGCUUCAAAAGGUAGGUGACCAGUACGUAUACACUCGCAUUUUCGAAGAGUGGGAAGACUCGGACUAUGAGGAUGGGGGCGAUGAUGAAGAACUUGUCAUCAACCAAGAUAUCGCUCAAUUGAUUGCCUGGAUUGACGAAUUUGAGGAUUCUAUGCCCACUAUGGAGGAAGUACAAGCGAGAUACCAUGAACUGUUCGGGAAGCACAUCGCAGACAACAGUUCUCACAGAGAGGAUAUCGAGCGUUUCUGGUUACACAGACUAUUGAAUGGCACAGCGAUUGGAAAUCGUGAAGUGUGCAUGCUCAAGUUGGAAGAGGAGAUCAUAAACAAGGCGCAUUGGUGGGAGAAAGUCUUGAAUACUGAUAUUGUCUCCAAAUGGAAGCAAGAAGCGCUACAAAUGCCAUGGGCCAGCUAUCAGCACAAUGGUGAUUUUACGAGCAAAAUGGCAGACGUGUGCUUCAAGGAUCUUGCGGCCAAGGCUAAGAUUUACCAACAAACGAAGCUAAUUCCCGUGAUGGAAUCUUCCUCUUGUGUCAUCAAGUCUGACACGCUUCUUCCCAACGAGUUGAAGCAGAGGCUCAGAGCUGCGGCUGCAUUGCUUGAAGACGUUCCCGGGUCCCAACGAGACUGGCAUCCAGGAAGCGACGAGAAGGUUCUGGACCUUGUUCAUCCCUCACUCUGGCCAUUGGUGUUUGGCCGAUCUCGAAUUAUUUCCGACAAGCACAUAACGCUGGACAAGUGUCUUGAUCAUUGCGGCUCGGGAAAAGUCAUCCCUGAGCCCAAAAGGCCGCAUCUCAGAAUGCCAGAUGGCCUUCGAUCUUUCACCGAAGAUAACGAUAAGAGAGCUUUAUCACUACGAUACCAAUGGCUUCCAUGCGAUGUUGACCUGGCAGGUGGUCGACCACGAAUCAAGAGCUACAUCAACAAUCUUCACCCUGUCCGAUACAAAGCCAUAUAUUCUCUCAUAGAAGAGCUUAUUGCGAGAUCUCUUCCCGCUUGGGAUAUUGUCUGUCGCUCGGCUCGCAAGGAGUUUAGGCCGCUCGCAGACGGCGAGGAUUACGACAGUGGUUCGGAAACUAGUUCUGUCUUUGAAGAGGGCGAGCGGUUGAACUGGGAAUGGUGGUCGGAAACUCACAAGAUUAACUGCCCAGAACCCUUGGAGGAUGCAAGAUACCCCCUCGAUGCAUCCCACUUCCAAAGUGAAGAAUUCUUCAAUAAGGUCUCACAGAUCCAAGUCAUUGUUAAGAUGGCAAACAUGCAUCUGACUCCCGAGAAACUCAACGAUAAUAUCACCGAGUCUCGUCUUUCCUUCCGUACUCAGGCGGAUAGGGAUAAACUUAGAGAUAGGCUCAGUUACUCUCAGGGAGACCACGAUGGUAUUGAAGCGAUCUUUGCUAUUAAAGCUAAAGGGGAUAAGAUGCAGAAUCUCGGGAGUGUCAUGACGCGAGAAGGCCGAGCCUUGUUUUUCCCUAAUAUCUAUCAACAUCGAGUUGAACCUUUUGAGUUGGCUGACCAGACUCGUCCUGGGUAUCGCAAGAUUGUCGCUCUGUUUCUUGUUGACCCAGUCGUCCCGAUUAUCUCGACAGGCAAUGUGCCCCCACAGCAAAAGCAUUGGUGGAAGGAUAAGCUCAGGGAGGUAGAACCGCUCAAUAGCCUUCCUAGUGAAAUCAGGGAUGCAAUAACUCAAAAGGUGGACUAUCCAUAUGAAAUAGAUGAAGCAAGACGGAUUAGAGAAGAUUUAGUAUCAGAGCGAAAGGUUGUAAACAGCGACAGCCUCAGACAACAGGCUCAGAGUUGGAACUUCUGCGAACACUAACUAAACUAAAAGAUAAAUCAGUAU